UAUAUCUACGUCACUCUAAAGGGACUGUUUCUUUGUUGUAGACCAUCAGUUCGUUUGUUCGCGGUGAGUACAGGCUGUCAUGUCGUCACUGUUUGAAAAGAACGAUGUAUUGGUUCAAGCGGUGAGAAGAGGUGAUAUUCAGGCAGUGACGCAUGUUUUGAAAAUGGGAGUUGAUAUUGAUACACGUUACGAGUAUGGGAGUGGUUGUGUUGUGAGUUAUAAUGAGACACUUCUGAUGAUAGCGUGUAGGAAUAAUAAAAAGGAGAUGGUGGAGUUGCUGCUCAGUAAAUCAGCAGAUGUUAAUAAGGGAGACAGGUGGGGAUGGACUGCUUUGAUGAUGGCAGCAGAUGAUGGAUCAGAAGAUAUUAUGAAUAUAAUAUUAAAGACCAAAGAUAUUGAUGUGAAGAUGGGAGAUUGUUGGGGAAAGACGGCUAUCCAUCAUGCUGCAAUGGCGAAUCAUGUGGCCAUUGUAGAGAGACUUCUGUCUUGUUCUGUUCCUGUUGAUAUCAUUGAUUUUCGUAAUCGUACACCAUUGUGGUUUGCUGUCCGUGGUGGUUGUGUGAGUUGUGUUGAUGUUCUCCUAAAACAUGGAGCGAAUCCCCGACAUAUGAGUAGGAGCCGUGGAUCACCACUAGAGUUUGCUAAGCGACGUGGUCUGAUUGAUGUGAUUAAGAUGAUGGAAGAAGCCAUAAGAUUGAGAUCUCAUCCCUAUAUGGAGGGUCAUGUGUCUGUUAUCAGACAUCAAGACCAACAGACAAUUGCUGAACUGCAGAGUGACAUCAGGAAGAUCAAAAAAGAAUUAAGCCAAUCAGUCCCUGAGAGUGAAUUGACGAAACUGAGAAAGGAGAUCCAACAGAAAGAGGAGGAAAUAAGAUGUCUUGUGUCUGCUCUUGCUACAGUUAGCAGAGUGGCCAGCGAGAAGGUUGGUAAAGGUCGCACGACUUCUGCGGAGGGUCAGAUGUUGUCACUGGCAGCAGGUAAUGACAUAAAGAUUGCAUCAGUGAGUGAAGAUGAAUGUGCUGUUUGGGUGUCUCGUGUUGUACGUGCCAUUCAGAAUGUCAGCUCUAGCAGGUGGUAUGCUAUCGGUUCUGCUUGUGGCAAAACGUUUAAUCAACUCCAGCAGCUCAAGUCUUUACCAGACGACAGUGACAAAGUGCAGGCUCUCUUUGAUCAGUUAGCACAGCAAAUGGGAGGGAAGGCAGCUGCAGACAAGCUGCUAGAAGCGUGUAACUCAAUGGCCAAUCCUACAUACGCUGCCGUGCGUGAAGAGAUGGAGAAAUGAAGUGUCGAGCACUGACUGUUGGAUUGUUGGAUGAGGUUUGAUAUUAAUACAGUUUGCUUUAUUAGAUGAACUGAUGUUACUACGUGUUGCCGUUGUGUUUGAUUGUUUGAUGUCAAUUGUAAUGUUUAGUGUUGUUCUCUCAGUCAUUUUUUUGAUCGAC